UUUUGUUUUUAAUUUUUUUUAUUAUUAUUAUUCAUUUAAUUUAAGCUUGGAAACGGGAUCUGAACGAACCCUGAAGGUAACUGAGAGGAACUCGAGAAUGUUAAAUUUGUAUCUGUGGUUUUUUCUUGUCCUUUGGUAUGAGGGAAGGAUGGGGAUGUGGCUCGACCAUUGCUUUGGGAAAUUUGGGGUAAAGGGUACAUCUUCAGGCUGUGCUCUACCUGUAACUCUGCAGGUCGGGGCUGUGUGGUCCCGGCAGCGGAGUUUGCACUCAGAGAAUGUUAAUGCAAAACCCAGCCACAUGCUGACCGUGCUUAAUUCUGCAAAACGGGGUGGGAUGAGAAGCAGCUGCAGCUUCCUGAUGCUUCGUUUGGUGGUGACCGGGCGGGCCCGCAUGGGGCCGUGCAGCCCUGUUUCAUUCUCCAAGCAGCACAGCCUGUGGAGUUUUAGCAGACUGCAGCCAUGUGCUUGAGAUGAUGCUCGUGCCCAGGCUGCACUGAGCCGCAGGUAACUACCAAUGGGUGUAAGGGCGCACAGGGGCACUGUGGGCUGGUGCAGCCCCCUCGGCCUCUGUUUGGAGAGGGCUGAGUUAGGUUUCCAGAUGACAGCUUUGAAUAGCAGCUGGUGCCUCCGUCUGUAAUCCAGCUGGAAUGCCUCUGGAGCUGGUGGGCAGUCUGUGCAAUGGUAGAUUCCUUGCUGCUGUCACUAAUGCUGUGGUUGUGCUGCUGAGAAACAAACGGGAGAGGUUUCUUCCCUGGCUUCUCCUUCUCUCUGUCCCUGCUGGAGUUUUGUUCCUCUUCCAUUCCGCAAGGUGCUCCCAUAGGGCAUCCAUUGGCCUCAAUCAGAGGCUGAUGCAGAACGGGGCUGGCCAUGCCCCAAAGCCUGUGGUGUGGUUCAGUGGGAGUGUGGGUGGUCGUAGGGGGUGGUGGGUUUUGUAAGCUAGGUGCUAAGUGUGUGUGAUGUUGGAGGCAUGGUGUGUUUGUUGCAAAGAAGGCAACUAAUUGUUACUUUAAUUACAUCCCUGCUGGUGUGUACUGAGAAGCAGGAAUUGAAGACAGGCAUGAUACCAGCUUACACCCUGACACUAUCUGGCCUUCCGUUUGGCAUCCAUGCACAUCCUCCAGCCCCACUGAGGCACUCAUUAGCUGAGUGUUUUGCCGACUUUGGCCACAGUGCCUUUAUCUAAGCAGGUCAGUGGUGCUUGGGGCAACAGGACUUGGUGGAUUUGCAUUAGGGAAUGAGCAGUCAGAACGAGCCAGGUGAAGUUCAUUUCCCCUCUGACCAAGAUUUCAUGUUAAGAUGGGGAAGGGAGGUGUUGAAUGCCCUAUAUUUUAGCCCCUGGGAAUCUCAGGCUGAGCUCAGCAGUCAGCUAAUAGUACAGCAAUAUCGACUCAGCUUUAGUAAAAAGGCUAAAUGCUGGUUUCCGUGUUGUCUUUGGAGCUCUUAGAGCUGCCCCUUAUUUUCGUCCUCUUCAGUGGAGAAAUGAAAAGGCCUGUGUGCACUUCACAGGAAAUGAAUGUCUGAUACACGCUCGCAGGCUGCUCAUUUCCAAGAACCGCUCUCAAGGUAUUUUGAUAAUGCACAUUCUCUCUGCCUUCUCCCUUCCUGCUCCCCUCGUGCUCUCUGUGCUGCUGCAUGUUCACAGAUGUGUGUGAGCCGAGGUGGGCUGUGCGGGUAGUGGCCUCACGCACAGGCUGUGGGGCUGUGGGAGCUCAGCAUUGGCCCUGCCUGAGAGGUCGCAGGCAAAGCCAUACGGAGCUGGCAGUGCUCAGCUGCCUUUGUCUGAGCACCCCCUGCAAAUGCUGAAGGAAAACGUUGACUUGGGUAACAGUCCUCGUGGCUCUGCAGCUCAGCAAUGGUGCACGUCUGCUUCCUUACUUCUUUGGGAGCAAACUUGGGCUAAGGGAUGUCUGUGCCUUUGGCUGGGCUCCCUUUAGCUGUGUGUAAAGUCGGAGCAGUUUUUAAAGGCAAUGCUUAAUAUGAAUGUUAAAACAAGCCCUUUGCUGCUGGAUUCCUCUGCUGGAGCGUGGAGGGGUGGGUGCUUCACAGAGACGGAGCAGAGAAGUUUGAGAAAGAAGAGAAAUGAGCACUCUCAGAUCAGCUCUCUCACUUUCCCCAGCAGCAUUUUAACAUGUGUGUGAUUGGAGUUUUUCCCUUUUAUGAGUUUUAAAAUUACUUACUUUUCAAUCUCGGUUACCUUUGAACUUCCUCUCUUCUUGUUUUAUGAAAGAGCAUAAAAAGAGCUGAUUAUAGGGGUGUUCCUGCUGCACCCUCUGUGUCUCUCUGCUCCAUCUGAAAGCUUGCAGGUGGCUUCCUACCACCCAUCCUCAGGCCCAUCCCUGCUGUCUCAAUUCUGCCUUUGUAUUUCAGGUGUGCCAGGUGGUGGCAUUGCCAUCACCUUCCCACCCUGAGUAUGGUCUGCUGCACACCACUGACUUCCUGCUGUUUCAGUUUUCCACAUCUCUUCUGAUCACUCCCUGCAGGAUGGAUGCACUCUCAGGGAAAGCUUUGCAAAAACUCAGCACUGCUGCAUCAAGGCUCCUGACUUGGGACCAAUUGCAGGCCUGACAUCUAGCAGCUCUUCCCUAUGGACAGUAAAUUUCAAGAGACUCAAGGCCACUCUGAAAAGCCCCUCGCCACCCAAAAGAGGGAAAUCACAAAAUAACGAGAUCUACUAGAUACAAGCCAGCCUAAAGGAUGUGCUGAGAAGCCCUUAGAUGUGAAAUGUAUGAACCCAAUGGAUGCAGCACUGUAACCUGGUCCCUUGCACUGGUGUGGCCCAGCUGGAGUCUCUCCUGUUUGUAUUUGCUUGGUGUAUCUACAGCUGUGGGCUGGAGGUGACGGGAAAAGCAUGGUAAAUGCAGCGUCUCCCUGGGAUCCAUGGGCUCUUUGAGAGAUGAUCAGAGGGAGGCCAGAUGAUCUGCAAAACACACGCACCACUGUUGCUUGUCUGCAAAGGCAGCAUCGGAGCGUUCUCCCUAGCCCCGCGCCACCCGGCUUGCCCGAUCGCUUCCGGAUGUUUCGCAGUUGCGAGUGGGAGGUCCUGGAGCGAUCCCUCAACAUCCUCCAGGCCAGUGACUUCUACUGGGGCCCGCUGUCCGUCGGGGAGGCCCACGCCAAGCUGCAGCGGGAGCCCGUCGGCACCUACCUGGUGCGGGACAGCUCGCAGGGGAAUUGCUUGUUCAGCCUGAGCGUGCGGAUGCCGACCGGGCCCGUCAGCCUCCGCAUCUCUUUCCAAGAGGGCUAUUUCCGUCUGAAGAACUGGUUUUCGGACUGUGUGGUCCGGCUGCUGGAGCUGGUGGUGGCGGGGACCCGCAACAACCCCUUGCACUUUGAUGAAAUGGGGGGAACUCCUCUGGUCUUUUCCGAGCCCUUGUGUCGGAGCCGCCGGACUGUGCCCACGCUGCGAGAACUGUGCCAGCGGCACCUGCCCGGUUCCACCGCUGCCAUGCGGACGUGCCCACGGGAGGCGGUGAUGUCACCCCUGGAUGGGAGCGUGGUCUCCAACCCCUCUGCAACUGGCACUAGGAGAUGAUGUCGGGCAUGUGGAGGCGAAGGGAUGUACACGGCCACACUGGAGGGGCAGGGCUGACUGCUCAGAGGGGCAGGGUGCCUGCACCCACUGGCUGCAAAAGCUGUGUCUUCAAACAUGCACAACAUGCCUGACCUUCCCCCAUGUGGAUGGGGUGAAGCCAAGCCUGAAGAGCAGCUCUUCCCACCCCCAAGUCUUGCUCUUGGCUCCAGUCAUGACUAAUAAGCUUGAGAACAGGGCGAGCUGCCUGUCCUGCCAGGUCAGCCCCACUACCCAAAGUGCCUAAGCUAGUUUAUGCUGCCAACGUGCCUUCGUGAAGCCAUAUGGCCCCACAGUGCUGCAUCCCAGGUAUCGGUGGGCACGGGCCACAAGCUAACUGGAGGCCACAUGUUAACAGGAGACCACGUGGCUGUGCUUGAGCACAAAUGCAAAACCUGUCCCUUCAGAGAUAAGCACUUUCAGGGAAAAAACAUUGCAGCUGUGUACAAUACGUGCAGCUUGAGUGGCUUCUGCAUUGCUUUAUUUGAACAGGUUUUUGGGAGUGCAGAUGAGUUACUUUAUACUACGGGCAUCAUGCUCCUGGGAGGCAGGUCUGAGGUCGGUUCUGCCUUGCAGGGUGUGAGCAGACCCAGUCCAGAGCCUCUUGUCCUCAUCUGAUAGUAUGCUGCUGCCACCUAUGGGUUACAAAAAGGUAUUUGUCUUGCCUCAAGACGAGGUAAAGAAUUUUUUAUACAUCUCCUAAAUUUUAAUAAACGUGUUUUUCUACUUAUUUUUAAAAGCCGAAAGGUACACAGUGAUGUUUUCAUUCCCUUGCAUUGCUGGAAACCCCAUUGGUCUAGUGCAGUGGCAUGGUAUUCAAACUGUACCUGAACAACCGAAUUUCUUUUGAAGAGCAGAGCAGUACGUAAAGGAAUGGUCCUAGCUGGGAACAGUAGGUGUUCAUUACAGUGCAAUGAAAUAAGAAUUUUAUGAACAUAAGAUAAUUCCUAAAAACAUAGGGGUGAAAUUUUUAGAAGUAUUUUUAGUGUCUCUAGACCUGAACUGAGUGUUUGAAGGAAAGACUGGUGCUUUGAGAUCCUAGAGCAUGGCACAGCAUCAGUGAGCUGUAACUGCAGAGAGCGUGUGGGACAGAGAGGGAUUAAAUAGGGGUAGGAAAAAUCUUAGCAUUGUUGAUUCAUUUUAGGGUUCAGGUGGGUUUGAUAUCCUUGAAAACACACAACUAAAAGCAGCUACAUGGAAGGAGUUCAGUGUGUUUGGAUACUGUAAAAGAGGACACCUGAAUGGGAUCAGGGAGGAAUUGGCUUCCACAAGCAUGCUGUGUGAGCAGACUGCUGUGCUCACUCUGCCUUUCCCCUUCAGACCUGCACAGGGAAAAAAUAGAAAAAAUAGCAAAUGCAGAGAGACGUGACCCUGAAUUUGCUCUCUUGGCUUUAGGUGUCUUAUCUGAGGAACCACUGUGUGCAGCCAGUGCAGUGAGAGAUACGGCGCAUUAUUCGUGGCAGGAGCUCUUUGGACGCUGAAUUAAUCUCAAGAGACUUCUGCCGUGCUGCCGGCAGCGAGGUCCUGCCCUCCUCCCGAGGCUCUGCGUUGUGAUCCAAGGCUGCUGAAUUAGUGCUGUGGGGGAAUCCAUCCCCUUGCCAGCCCUAGAGAGGAAUGGGGCAGCCCGGUGGCACCACAGCUGUGGGUGAGGGAGUGAUUAUCUCACUGUACUGGCUGCUCAUUAGACCCCGUUUAGAAUAUUACAUCUAGUUUGGGGUUUCUGUUGCAACAAAAAUAUCAUAAAUUGGAGUGAGCUCAGAGGUAUGACCCCAAGAUGCUCAGGACUGCAGCACUUGCUUUGUGAGGAGAGGCUGAGGGAGCUGGGUUUGUUCAGCCUGGGGAGUAGAUGGCUUUGGAGAACGUAAGAGCAACUUGCCUAUACCUGCGAGGAGGUCAUCAAGGAGUGAUGCUCGCCACAGCAUUGCCUGGUGGGAGAAGGAGACACAAGGAUGGAAACAAGUCCAGGCUGGAUAGGGUGGAGGGAUCCAUUUGAGGGCAGGUUGCCCAGAGAGACUGCGCAGUCUCCAUGCUUGGAAGUCUUCAAGGCCCAACUAGAUGCACUCGUUACUCCUUGCUGCCCACCCUGCCAGCCCCUCGGGUGGCUUUGGGCAAUGCGCUGGCUUUCAGGGGAAGUCCUGAUAGGUCAGCUCAGCGUGUUCCCCUCCCUCUGCCCACCCAAGGGUUGAAAGCCAUGUCUCCUGCCCUUCUUCUCUCUCAUUUCAUAUAUGGGGCUUGCUGGCUGCCUUCCCUCCCUCCCUUCCUAAACUGGGGGUGGUGGGAAAGCGUUUGGCUCAUUUCUUCACCAUUUACAGCCGAACACAGAAAUGCUUCUGUUUUAUGGCAGCAGUUAUAACUCGCUGAGGGAAGAGCUUUCUGACUGGAUCGCGCUGACCUGGUGAUGAACUGCUCUCAUUUGGCCUGAAAUGAGCAUCUUGGGCUGCGCGGCUGAGGGCUACGGAACAGCCGCGUUUGUGGCCAGGGCUGUGCUUGAGGAAAAUCACACCAAGAGAGGAAGAUGUAGUUU